GAGCCACCGUCACAAUUCACCGAGCCUUCAUCAUCACCACUGUCCAGUGUCCACUAGUGUCAUUGGAGAUGGAAGCUCCUUCUUGGGCUGUGUACGCCUUGGCGUGGCUCCUCUCACUAGCACUUGUCAUACUCUCUGGCCACUUCCGUCGCCGGCGAGCAAACCUCCCACCCGGUCCAAAACCAUGGCCAAUCAUAGGCAACCUCAACCUCAUAGGCCCCCUUCCUCACCGUUCCAUCCAUGAACUUUCUAAAAAAUACGGACCCAUAAUGCAACUGCGCUUUGGUUCUCGCCCAAUCGUGGUAGGCUCUUCAGUUGAGAUGGCCAAGCAGUUCCUAAAGAUCCAUGACAUAACCUUCGCCUCCCGACCUAAGAUGGCUGCCGGAAAAUACACCACCUACAACUAUUCCGACAUCACCUGGUCCCCUUACGGACCCUACUGGCGCCAAGCCCGUAAGAUGUGCCUUAUGGAGCUAUUCAGCGUCAAGCGUCUCGAGUCAUACGAGUACAUUCGAGUGGAGGAGCUGCGAGCCGUCCUCAAGGGACUCUACGCCUCUUCCGGCAAACCAAUUGUGCUCAAAGACCAUCUCUCAACGCUUAGCCUCAACGUUAUAAGCCGGAUGGUGCUGGGUAAGAAAUACACGGAUGAGUCGGAAACAUCCAUCGUAACGCCGGGGGAGUUCAAGAAGAUGUUGGACGAGCUGUUCUUGCUUAAUGGAGUCGUGAACAUCGGGGACUACAUACCCUGGAUUGAUUUCUUGGACCUACAAGGGUACGUGAAGCGGAUGAAGAUAUUGAGCAAGAAAUUUGAUAAGUUCCUGGAGCAUGUAAUAGAUGAACACAACGCGAGAAGACAAGGAGUGGAGGGCUAUGUUGCCAAGGAUAUGGUGGACGUGCUGUUGCAGCUCGCCGAUGAUCCUACUCUUGAGGUUAAACUCCACAGGGAAGGCGUCAAGGGGUUCACUCAGGACCUAAUAGCGGGAGGCACGGAGAGCUCUGCAGUGACAGUGGAGUGGGCAAUCUCUGAGCUAUUGAAAAGACCAGAGAUGUUCAAGAAAGCAACUGAAGAGCUGGACAGAGUGAUCGGCAGGGAGAGAUGGGUAGAAGAGAAAGACAUCCCUCAGUUGCCAUACAUUCAGGCCAUCGUGAAGGAGACAAUGAGGAUGCACCCAGUGGCACCCAUGCUAGUGCCCCGCUUUUCUCGAGAAGACUGCGAGAUAGCUGGAUACGACAUUCCGGCAGGAACUGAGGUAUUUGUGAAUACAUGGACCAUAGGAAGGGACCCCACGUUGUGGGAUGCGCCUGACGAGUUCCGUCCCGACAGAUUCAUUGGAAGGGACAUAGACGUAAAAGGUCAAGACUUUGAGCUGUUGCCGUUUGGAUCGGGGAGGAGGAUGUGCCCCGGCUAUAGCCUUGGUCUUAAGGUUAUUCAGGCCAGUUUGGCCAAUCUGUUGCAAGGUUUCACAUGGAAUUUGCCCGACAAGAUGAAGCCUGAGAACUUGAAUAUGGAGGAGAUCUUCGGGCUAUCAACACCCAAAAAGAUCCCUCUUGUAGCCGUCGUGGAGCCUAGACUUCCGACUCACGUCUACGGCCAGUGAUUAAGCUAUGUAUCAAUAUUGUAUGCGGUGUUGCUUAAUCGAUCGACCUUUAAUUUUUAUCUUGUAACAAGUAAUAGAGUUAUGGUGGUGGAAAUUAAAGCUUGCUACUUUAAUCAAAUGAGUAAUUAAUAUUGCACACA